CGCGAAGGCGAAUAUGCCCGUACCCCUUGUCCCGAUUCUCAAGGUCACAACAACCUAGCACUCCUUUUCACUGUAAAUCAACGGCCACGACACCGAAUAUCUCAGCCCCAAAAGAUCCAACGGUUCAAAUCGCACCUCGUAAUAGAGACCAACAGCAACAACAUUAGGGUUUUCCUUUUUUUUUUUGUGCGAUACUCUGCAAGUCACUCUACAGUGAAGCCCUUCAUUUCUCUUCUCAUUUUCCUUUCCAUUUUCUCGGGAAAAUCAUGGGGAAAGGCCCUGGUCUCUACUCUGAUAUUGGCAAGAAAGCAAGAGAUCUUCUCUACAAGGAUUACCAGGGCGACCACAAAUUUACUUUCACUACCUACACCUCUACUGGAGUUGCAAUCACUUCAAGUGGAGUUAAGAAAGGUGAAUUGUAUUUGGCAGAUGUAAGCAGUCAGUUGAAGAACAAGAAUAUCACAACUGACGUGAAAGUGGACACAAACUCCAAUCUAUUCACAACCAUCACUGUUGAUCAGCCUGCUCCUGGACUCAAGACAAUCUUUAGCUUCAAAGUUCCUGAUCAGAGAUCUGGCAAGGUGGAACUCCAAUACCAGCAUGAGUAUGCUGGGAUAAGCACUAGCAUUGGGUUCACUGCAAAUCCGAUUGUAAACUUCUCAGGUGUGGUCGGGAACAAUGAUGUUGCUCUUGGGACUGAUCUCUCAUUUGACACAUCCACUGGGAACUUCACCAAAUUGAAUGCAGGGUUGAAUUAUACCAAUGCUGAUCUUAUUGCAUCUCUCACAUUGAAUGAUAAAGGGGAUACUCUUACUGCUUCCUAUUACCACGCAGUGAGCCCAUUGACUAAUACAGCUGUUGGUGCAGAGCUGACACACAGUUUUUCAAGCAAUGAGAACACAUUGACUAUUGGCACACAGCAUGCACUUGACCCCUUGACCACAGUGAAGGCUCGGGUGAACAACUAUGGCAGAGCAAGCGCUCUCAUCCAGCACGAGUGGCGCCCCAAGUCGCUUUUCACCAUUUCUGGAGAGGUGGACACAAGGGCAAUUGAAAAGAGUGCUAAGAUUGGAUUGGCCUUGGCUCUCAAGCCCUAGACUAAUCAACUUUUUUGGGUGACUAGAAGGCUCUUGCCUUUUCCUAGCAAUGGACGGCAAUAAUGCGAGGAAAAAUGACAACUAUCCUUUUUUUCAAAAUUUUUUUAAUCAAGUGAACAUUCCAUCUGUUUCUGUUGUCAUAUUGGGUUCAUAUAUCUUGGUGGUUAUGGGUUGUAGAAAAUAAUUCUAGUUGGUGUCGGGACCAUUUUCAAUUUGCUCUUUUGGAUUAUGCAUCCGCCUAUACAUGCAAAGCAAUUAUAGUACUGCACAUGGAAAUCUUGUUUCAGUGACAUGAUUGUUGUUUUUCA